AUGAGCUCAGACAACCUUCCGUGGGUGGAAAAGUACCGGCCAGCAAAGCUGGACGACGUGUACGGCCAGAAAGACGUGGUGCAGACGGUGCGCAAGUUUGCGAAGGAAGGGCGGAUCCCGCACCUGCUGUUCUACGGGCCUCCCGGCACAGGCAAGACGUCCACCAUCAUCGCAUUGGCGCGCGAGCUGUACGGAAAAAACUACAGAAACAUGGUUCUCGAGCUGAACGCGUCGGAUGACCGAGGAAUCGACGUGGUGCGCGACCAGAUCAAGAACUUUGCGAGCACGAGACAGAUUUUCAACAGCGGGUUCAAGCUGAUCAUUCUGGACGAGGCCGACGCGAUGUCGAACGCGGCGCAGAACGCACUGCGACGCGUCAUCGAGAAGUACACCAAGAACACGCGGUUCUGCAUUCUGGCAAACUACUCGCACAAACUGAACCCUGCUCUUCUUUCGCGGUGCACGCGGUUCAGGUUCUCGCCGCUCGCCGACUCGGCGCUCCAGGACCGUGUGGACCACGUCAUCAAGGCGGAGGGCCUGAAAAUCGCGUCCAACGCGCGCCAGAGCCUUCUGGAGCUGAGCGAGGGCGACAUGAGACGAGCUCUGAACGUUUUGCAGGCGUGUGCUACCGCGGUCGAAACGGGCGAGGAGAUCACCCAGGACAUGGUGUACGAGUGUGUGGGUGCUCCGAGACCGCAGUCGGUGACGACGGUGCUUGACGCGAUCAUGUCGAACGACUGGAUGGACGCGUAUGCCACGAUGACCAAGAUCCGCAAGACGGAGGGGCUUGCUCUGGUGGACCUGGUGAGCGGCUUUGUGAGCGUGCUGGACAAGUACGAGCUGAAGCCGAGGACGCGGAUGGCUGUUUUGCAGGGCCUGGGCGACAUUGAGUACAGCAUCAGCAAGGGAGGCAGCGAUAAGAUCCAGUGCACAGCCGUGAUUGGUGUGAUAAAAAAUGCACUGGAAAACGAGAAUUAA